ACAUCAUGGCAAAGCUUCUUCUGGUUUGUGGUCUUGUAGUUCUUGGAUUUGCACUAACAUGCUAUGCUGCCACAACCUACACGGUGGGUGGUAACUCUGGCUGGGACAUAAGCACUGAUCUCCCUACAUGGGCCUCAGACAAGAAGUUCGUCGUCGGCGAUGUUUUAUGGUUCCAGUAUUCAUCAUCAAACAGUGUCAAUCAAGUGACCAAAGAAAACUUCGAGGGCUGCAACACGACCAAUGUAGUGAAGUCAUAUACCGGAGGGAACACAACGGUCACAUUGACAAGACCUGGUGAGUGGUAUUUUGUGAGUGGUAACAAGCUCUAUUGCUUGGGAGGGAUGAAGCUUCAAGUACCCGUGCAAGGUAACCAACUAUCUUAUGCGCCGGCCAGGGCACCGCAGUCGUCAACCGGUUCGGACCAAGGGCCAAACUCUCUUCCAAACGACCCUUCUUCUAAGAACAACACUCCCACUUCAGCUGGGCUCAGCAUCCAUGGUGGUUCUGAUAAUGUUCUUGUCUUGAUUGUUUUCGGUACUUUAGCUGCCAUGCUAUGGAUGUGAAGUUCAAUUUGAGUUUUUGUAUUAAUGAAUCAUGAUCAGUGUUUAUUUGGCA